UUGUCUUUACACUGCAUCUGAAUUCAGCCAAACUAAAGUACAACAUUAAAACAAAAAAAAAAGGUUAAGUAUGUGUUGUGAACAAUGUUGUUGUGUGCAUCUAUUUUAAGCAAUGUUUUCCAUAUGUUGUUGGAUUGGAUGGAGCAUCAAACAAUGUUUGCCAAACAGCAAAGGCAGGAUGAGUAUAAAAAGUGACUGCCCAAUUGGUAAUAACUGCACCCCACAAUCAUUAUUAUUAUUAAGUAGAGGAGAAAAACAGUGUCAGCAAAAACACAGCCUUUUCUUCUACACUUACUGCAAAUUCACAGAGGCAGUCGGCGGCAGUCCAGAUUCCAGAAAAUCUGUCCACAUGGCCCCUUGGACGUCGUCGUUUAAAUCCUCCACCGUUGUCUUGCUGUGCUGUCUGCAUCACCAUCCCCUUGACUACAAUCCAACAUCAACCUUACAUCCACUCUCUCUCUCUCUCUCUCUCUCCAACUUCUCUUUUGUCCAUUUCUUACCAAAAUCUCCCAUUCUCACUCUUAACACUUAUCCCCAUUGAUUUAAAAAAUGCCAAGAAAUCAUCAAACCAGAAAAGCUUGAGUUAGCAUUGUAUGAAACUAUUUGAACUAAAUAUUUUUUUUUAAAACUUGAAAAAUUAGUUCUUUAAGUAUGAUAAAAAGUUAGAACCCUCCAAACAUUGUAUUCCAUAGUGAAAAUUAUUACAUUAUAAUAUUUAUUUAUCUCCAAUUGUCCAGAAUCUGAAAAGGCAUCAUCACUUUACCUCCAUGUGCAGUCUUUAUUGCUUCCUCUCAGUCAAAAAAAAUAAUUUUAGUGACAGCCCUAAAUUAAACACCUUUUUUCUUUUUUAUUUUCUUGGAGUCAAAUGUAAUAAAAAUCAGAAAACUCCAUCCACCAUCUGCAACCCUUUUCCUCCCAUUUCUCUCUCUCUGCAUAUCACAGUAUCAAGAACUCUCUCUCUACCUAUAAAAACAGCCCAAGAAACAGUUUCUCUUUUACCUCCGAGGAAAGAAAGGAACUCUAACCACAAUGUUUGAAGAAUCUGUGUCUGAAAUACCUUCUUCAAUAUGGGCAUCUAUGAUCAGCUGGUUCACUCCCACUGUGCUGUUUGUACUCCUCAAUCUCAUGAUAGGCACCAUUGCCUUUACCUCAAAACUCACCAGCCAAAAACACCACCAUGACCAGCUUCAGAACGAACCCCAUCAUCAUCAAGAUGAAGCCAAGAUUGCUAGAUCAACAUCAGUUCUUCAGCGUCUGAAAUCCAUCAAUUUCUACGCUCACUACAGAUCUCAUCAGGAGCCUCAAAACCUGUCAGUUCACCACAAACCAAGCCAAGAUUCCGCCACGCUUUUCAAUCUUGAGCACACUACUCAGAAUCUAGAACCACAGUCGCACUACUUUUUCCAAGCAGUACAUCAAGAAAAUCUUCAUCAUACGCCUCAUCAGUCUCAAGACCCUUACGUUUACGAAGGGACCCUUGACGAAAGUUCCCAGGAAACGCAGACCCAGUUCGUUUUCGACCAAAAAGAUUCAAACUUGGAUGAUUUUCAGCAGGCCCAUGAAGAGAAAGUUGAAGAAGAAGAUGAUGAGCUGCAGAGCAUGGAUGAGAUUUACAGCCAGCUGAAAGGCGGUCACUUUAGCAGGACUAAGUCAGACACUGAACCCGCCUCGGGGGAGAUACCGACCAGACUUCCGGCCAGGAUGAGGAAAUCUGCGAGUUUGAAGUCGGCGUUUGGACACUUUGAAGAGGAGAAUAUCGUGGAGGCGCGACGGCCGGCGACUAUGAGGGAGAGGAGUAAUGCUAAAGUGACAGAGGGUGAUGAAGAGGUGGACGCAAAAGCUGAUGAUUUCAUCAACAAGUUUAAGCAGCAGCUAAAGCUUCAGAGGUUGGAUUCCAUUCUCAGGUACAAGGACAUGAUAGGGAGGGGGAUUGGGGGCCGAUAAGGUGAUUUUACGUUUUUCAGGGGCUUUUUUGUAAUUUUGGUUUAGUUCUGGGGUUAAAUGAUGGCUAAGAAAAGGAAAUAGUUGGAUCAUGAGGGGUCAUUUUGCAAUUAUAAAGCUUUUGGGUUAUUGGCUUGGCCUUGGCAUGGAUGGUGGGAAUGGUAGGUCUGAUAGGAACGUGUUAUCUGAUGGUGUCUGCCCAUGUGCUGUUUGGUUGUACCUUUUUGGGCAUGGAAUUGUUUUGGAUGGGCUAUUUUGUCAUUUUAAUUGUGUCCUAUUGAUUGUAAAUUGUAAUGACAUGGUUGGACUAAUUUUGUGGAGGUAAGUCAAUAGUCGUUACUUUGAUUGUUUGGGACACUCA